AUGAAUUUGAUCUUACAUGCACUUGUGAUCCUGGCAAUGGUGCCAUUUUGUAUUGCUUCAACGUCCAAUGCUAUCAUGUAUAGGAUGUAUAUAACUAAUGGCAUCGAAGAUAAUAUUGAAGUUCAUGUCUUUGGUAAAGACCAAGACUAUCAAGGACAACGUACACUUGCUUUUAAUGAAGAGUUUGAUUAUAAGAUUCGUGUCAAAGUUGGCAUGAUUUCUAGGGUGGAAAUAUCUUUGAAGUUCAAAGAUGUUAUUGCUGCAACCACCGAGGCGAAGCCCAGAGCCGCAGCCGUCAAGACCGCAGCCACGAAGCCGGAGCCACCGAACCCGGAACCAAGCCCCGCAUCAGAACUCCCUUCGGACCGCAACGCCUUCCUUCAGCAUCCGCGACUGAGCUUCACUUCGGAUCCUCCUCAGCAGCCGAGCCAACUCCGGUUCCAAGGCUGCUGA